UAACCUCCUGAGACCCUGUGUGUACACAUGAGGACAUUGCAUUUUUCCCUCUCUGCACCAUGCUAUUCGAUUUUCUACAAUUUUGACCCACUGGCCUUAUUUGGGGCCACUGACAGCACCAUCUAGUGGUUAAAAGACAUCAUAACAUCCAUUUAAAUGGAAACAAGAUGGCGGCAAUCUCAGUAAACACCUUCUACAGCCACUCCCGGCAGAAAAAAGAACAAGGGAAACUUUCAUUGUCAAAAGCAGAGCAGUUGCUCAUGGCUAUUGCAAAUGACUCGGAAGUUGAAGAUUUAUCCAAUGGUGAAGAGAAUGAUCCAGCUGUGGAUGGAGACAUUCCACGUGAUGCUGGGGAUAAUUAUUCACCACCAAGUUCACCAGAAUAUGAUUCAGAUGAAGAUUAUUCACCACCUGAUGCAGAAGAAGCUGAUCACUACAUCACUGAGGAUGAGAGCGAAAGUGAGCAACAACGUUCACAAGUGCAUCAACGUAAACGAAAUCGUGUUGAGAAUGAUGAACAAGAUGAGGAACUAGGAUGUGGAGACUCCAGGGCUGAACCUAGAAAUGUUGCACGUGGUGAACGCUGGAAAUCUGCUCCAUUUACCCCAGACUUAUUCCAGUUCCAAGGUAAAGAUGAUUAUCUGAGAGAUGAACGAAUGGACUGGCAGCCACUUGAUCAUGUGGAGCAGUACAUUGACUCAGAGCUGCUGAAACUCCUUACCGACUGCACAAAUGCCAUGUCACUGGCUAACAGUGGGAGGUCUCUCAACACUUCAGUUGAAGAGAUGUACUACUUUUUUGGAGUAGCCAUUUUGAUGUCUUGUGUGCAUUACCCACAAACGAAGAUGUUCUGGUCCAAUGCUCUAAGAGUCCCUGCUAUCAGUGACAAAAUGUCACGUGAUCGGUUCUUCAAACUGAGAAGCCAUCUGAAAGUAGUCAUCGAUGAUGACAUUCCUGAAGACAAGAAGAAAACUGACAAAUUCUGGAAGGUGAGACCUUUCAUGGAUCGCAUACUCAAGGGUUGCCGUCUUCAGGCUCGUCCAGAAUGUGUCUCAAUAGAUGAACAGAUGAUCCCAUUCACUGGAGCCUGCCCAUUCCGACAGUAUGUACCUCUCAAGCCCAAUCCUGUGGGGAUGAAGAACUUCGUGCUGGCAUCAACAGAUGGAAUUGUGCUGGACUUUGAAGUAUAUCAAGGUGCAAAGACACUGGCUUUGCAGGUUCAGGAGUCAGAGGGGCUAGGCUUGGGAGCGCUUGUCAUCAAACGUCUAUCUGAAACACUGCAGCCAGGUACAAAAGUGUACUGUGAUCGGUUCUUCACCACCAUGUCAGCUGUGGAACACAUGCUAAGGAAGCAGGUGUACCUUACUGGCACAGUGAUGAAGAACCGGGUCUCCAAAGCAAUGGAGAAGUUGCCGAGUGAUCAGAUGCUGAAACAGCAAGGAAGAGGUUCCUCAGCCACAGUUACCAGGGCAGAUGGGAAAGUAUGUGUUGUCAAGUGGUUUGACAACAAGCCAGUUGUGAUGCUUUCUGUCGUUCAUGCUGAACAGCCUGAGGACACCUGCCAGCGGUGGUGCAAAAAAAACAAAAGAUAUCUAACUGUCAGACGCCCAAACAUUGUGCGAGAGUACAAUACCAAGAUGGGUGGGGUAGACUUGUCAGACAGAAUGAUGAGCUACUACCGAAUGAGUGUCCGCACAAAAAAGUGGACCAUUCGCAUGCUGAUGCACUUCCUUGAUCUUGCCUUAGUCAACAGCUGGCUGCUGUAUCGCCGUGACAACCAGGAACAAGGUACCCCAAGGAAAGCUAUCAUGAAGUUUCUGGAGUUUCGCAUGGUAGCAGCUCAGGUAUUCCUGAACAAGUGCGACAUUCUUGAAGAAGAUGCACAUCUCGCAAAUGUUGAGAAAGAGAAUGCACACCUUACACAACCAGGCAAAAGAUCUCGGAUCACUCCAGUCCCACAUGUCUCAGUUCGCACAUGUUCUGCAUCUCAUCUCCCAGAGAUGAGUGAACGCAACUGCUUUGCAGCAUUUCAUACAGCACAGUAA